CUCAUCAUUUCACCCUUUCCAAAACCCUUUCCCCAAUUUUCACACUUUCAAUCGAAAUUCCUCCGAUGGCUGCCAGGAAGAACCACCACCGCUACCUCACCGGCGGCGAAGGCGCCGCCCCAACCACGGCGGCGCUCCACGACGGCGCGGAGUUCGACGAGUCCGAGAUCUGGAGCACAAACGACGCCGUUUCAGGAAAACCGGAUCCGAACAAGUCGAAGCACCUGAACCGCGCCAAUUUCUCACCCAACCGUCCGGUCUGGAAGCCGGCUAGGAAAACCGCCGACCGCUCUCCGCCGGUCGGACCGAAGUCGUUGCCGGUUAACAUCCCGGACUGGUCGAAAAUCCUCGGCGAUGAGUACCGGAGCAACGGCGCCGGCGAUUUCUUCACUGACGACGAGGAGGACGAAGAGGAGGAUGGAAAUUACCGUUUGCCCCCUCACGAGUAUUUGGCGCGGACCAGAACGGCGUCGUUUUCGGUGCACGAAGGGAUCGGGCGGACACUAAAAGGUGUUCUUCUUCUUUAAUCCUCUGUCCUUUUUGGUAGCUUUGGAUCGUGAGAUCGAAACUAUGAUCAGAUUGUGUUUGAUUUUGGAAACAAUGCAAUUUUGUUGAUUUGCUGCAAUAAUUUUCCGUUGAUAAAUCUGCUGUAAUUUGAGUUGUGUUCUUGUGUUCUUCAAUUGGCUGUGUGAGUGUAAUAAGAGAGAUUUUGGUAGGUAAGAAAAUGAUGUGUUUGUUUUGUCUGUC